GCCCGCCCCGCUCGGCCGCCCGGGAAGAUGCGGCUCCCGGAAUGGCUCCUCUUGCUCUUUGGCCCGUGGCUCCUUAGGAAGGCCUUCACUGCCCAGAUACCGAAUUCUGGAAGGCCGCAGUACUUGGAACUGCACCCAGCCCCGGCCAGAGGGCGCACCCCUAGCCAACAGCUCGCGGCGCCUAGGGCUCCGGAAGGCCUGGGCACCGGCCGCGCGUGGAGCUGGGCCUGGCCGGCUAACCACACGGGGGCGCUGGCCCGGGCUGGUGCUGCAGGGGCGCUACCCGCGCAGCGCAGCAAAAGGAAGCCGUCCAUCAAGGCGGCCCGCGCCAAGAAGAUAUUCGGCUGGGGGGACUUCUACUUUCGGGUGCAUACCCUCAAGUUCUCACUGCUGGUGACUGGCAAGAUCGUGGACCACGUAAACGGUACCUUCAGUGUGUAUUUCCGCCACAACUCGUCCAGCCUGGGCAACCUCAGUGUCAGUAUCGUACCACCUUCCAAGCUCGUGGAGUUUGGGGGCGUCUGGCUGCCUGGGCCUGCCCCCCACCCUCUGCAGUCCACGCUGGCCCUGGAGGGGGUGCUUCCAGGGCUGGGGUCCCCACUGGGAAUGGCGGCUGCGGGACCCGGGCUCGGAGGCUCCCUCGGGGGUGCACUGGCCGGCCCCCUCCGUGGUAUGCUGGGAGUCCCUGGGGCCAAAGAGUCCCGGGCUUUCAACUGCCACGUGGAGUACGAGAAGACCAACCGCGCGCGCAAGCACCGCCCAUGCCUGUACGACCCUACGCAGGUGUGCUUCACCGAGCACACGCAGAGCCAGGCUGCCUGGCUCUGUGCCAAGCCCUUCAAAGUCAUUUGUAUCUUCGUCUCCUUCCUCAGCUUUGACUACAAACUGGUGCAGAAAGUGUGCCCAGACUAUAACUUCCAGAGCGAGCACCCCUACUUCGGCUAGCGCCCCGGGCCUGGCCUCGCCGGCUGGGGCCCACUCUUGGUCCCGUCGGGUGGCGGGCUUCCGCACAGGGGCGGGACGGAAGGGAACGGCCCAACCCGCGGCAGCCAGCCCCCUUCCCAAGGGUGCCUGCAAGCUGGGGUGUCGGCCCCGGGGUGGGCGGGUCCUGGAGGCGACCCCGAGGGCUUCUGCCCGCCCCUCAUCCCCUUCUGCCCGGCGCUGAGCUGGACACCCCCUUUGCCCGCAGCUUUAAUAACGCCCGGCCUGGCCGCUUCAUACUCCAUCCCUAAACCUCUGUCCUCCGCUACCACCCUGCCCCACUUAAAGACUGAAGGCCCCAGGCCCCGGGUCGUCCCCUCCUCUGCCUGUCGUUUGCCUGUCCCCUCCCUCCCAACCCUCCAGCCCGCGGAAGCAGAAUUGGGGCCCAGCCCUUCCCGUCCCAUCCUCGCCCCUGCAGUCCAGCUCUACCUGCCCUCGCCGGCUGCUUCCUCUCGGUGAUAUUUUUUUUUUCUACGCCAAAACAGACGGGAAAGGGAACAAAAUAAAGUGAAAUCCAAUACACGUCUGUGUGAGACCUUUGUGGGGAAGAGGGGGGCAGGUGUGGGCUUCUGUCUGGUAGAGAAGGGGCCAGGACCUCCUUCUUGGCGGCCGGCAGGGAAACCGAGGCAACGACUGACAGAGCCAGCACUUUGGAGGCCAUCUAAGACCGGAUCAAAGAGAGCUGAACGUGACUCUUGGAGCAGGACCCUGCCUGAGGUGGGAAUUCUGUGAAGGCGAAGGGAAAUUGGGGGAGAGGACAGAGGGUCGACCUGAGCGGGGUGACUUGCUGUCUAUGUGGGACGACUUCAG